GGGGGAAUCAGACAAGACAUGAAUAGAUGAUAGCUUCGUUGACUUGCAUACUUAGAAAAAAUUUGGAGAGUGAGCGUGUGAGAUUGAGACGGUGGAGUCGAAAAUGGUGAAACAAGAAGUUGAGGUGAUACACUUGUGGUCCUCGCCGCGCUCCUUCAGCACAAGCCUUAUGUAUGCUUUUGCUCAGAGAGAUGACACGGAAGUUCUGGAUGAACCUCUAUAUGCCAACUAUUUGCAAGUUACAGGCGAGCAAACGCCUUACAGAGAAGAACUCCUGUCAAAAUGGGAGUCAGAUGGAAAUAAGGUUAUACAAGAGAUCAUUUUCGCUCCUGGAGAAAAGAAGUACAGAUUCGUUAAGUUAAAUUUGGAACAAAGACAAAUGGGAGCAAAUGACUUUAGAUGGGAAUCUGGACCAAAACCAUUUGAUGGCGUCUGGCCAUUUCCAUCAUCUAUGUACAACUUGCUGGAUCAAAGUUUACCUUUGUACAACUUGCUUAGGUGCUAUAUUAGGGGAUCAUCAAACUGUGCCCAACCUGAACUCCCUGUUUCUACAAAUGAGAAGUUGCUUCUUUGGGUUGGUGAUCAGAUUAUGCCUCGAGAAAGUGCAAAAGUUUCAGUAUUUGACUCAAUUGUCCAAGGUGGAGAUGGAGUUUGGGAAGGUCUUCGAAUUUAUAAUGGCAAAAUAUUCAAAUUGGAGGAGCAUUUAGACAGGUUGUUUGAUUCUGCGAAAGCGCUGGCUUUUAGCAAUGUACCAACUCGUGAGCAGGUGAAGGAAGCAAUUUUCAAAACUUUGAUAAAAAAUGAAAUGUUUAAUAAUGUGCAUGUCAGAUUGACUCUGACUCGUGGCAAGAAGGUCACAUCUGGAAUGAGCCCAACUUUCAACCAAUAUGGAUGUACUUUGAUUGUGCUUGCUGAAUGGAAGCCACCAGUAUAUGACAAUGAAAAGGGUAUAGUUUUGGUGACGGCUACCACACGCCGUAAUUCACCCAAUAAUUUGGAUUCGAAAAUCCACCACAACAAUCUGCUUAACAAUAUUCUUGCCAAGAUAGAAGGGAAUAAUGCACAUGCUGAUGAUGCCAUCAUGCUUGAUAAAGAUGGAUAUGUAUCAGAAACAAAUGCAACAAACAUUUUUUUGGUGAAGAAAGGUUGUGUAGCUACUCCCCACAGUGAUUAUUGUCUUCCUGGUGUAACUCGUGCUACUGUUAUAGACCUUGCAGUGAAUGAGAACUUAGUUAUGGUUGAGCGACGUAUCAGUUUGUCAGAGUUCCAUACAGCAGAUGAGGUCUUCACAACAGGAACCAUGGGAGAGCUCAGUCCAGUAAGUUAUUCGUGAUAUUAUGUUAUUCUCCGAUAUCUCAUGCUUCGUAAUAUUGUGAUUUAUGUUGGAUCAUCUUAUCACUUUUUUGAGAAGUCUUUGUUCCCUUAUUUUCUUCUAGUCCUAAAUAUCCAGGAUGUGCAUUUUUGUAGAUUCUAGGUACUAAGAGAAAACAUAUUACCUGUGCACUUAUUGCCUUAAAUUCCUGCCAUAGCAUUGGUACAUUUUUGCUAGGAAUAUUAGUAUCCCAUCGGUGGUGUGAAUAAUCUAGCUUA